ACGAGCACGUCCAAGACUAAUAAAAUUUCUUCAAAAUAUAAUAAUAAUAAGAUUUUUAGGGUUUUCAUUCUCCUUCGUUUGAGCAGCGUGCUGAGUGAGUAGUCCCUCUCUCUCGUCCAUCUGCUCGCCUGACGUUCGUCGUUCGCCGCGCCGCCGCCGUUAGUUCUCCGUCGAGCCGCCCGUUCGCCUUUCGCUGCAUUUCUGUUCUUCUCUUUUCUGGUAACCAGUCCUUCCUCCCAUGGCUAUGUUGUUCAUCGAGUUUGAAGGCUGAGUUAUUGUUUGGAGGUUUCCUAACAGUUCAUCGAGUUAUUGAAAGUUCCACUUAAGGCAACAAGGUCAGAGUUGGGCUCGACUAGGAUUUUCCAUGGCGCAUCGGUUGCUAAGGGAUCUGGAAGCUGAUGGCUGGGAGCGCUCUGAUUUCCCCAUCAUCUGUGAGUCUUGCCUCGGCGAUAACCCCUACGUUCGCAUGACGAAAGCUGAUUAUGAUAAAGAAUGCAAAAUUUGCACGCGUCCAUUUACAGUUUUCAGGUGGAGGCCUGGACGGGAUGCUAGAUAUAAGAAAACAGAGAUUUGCCAGACAUGUAGUAAGUUAAAAAAUGUAUGUCAAGUUUGCCUUUUGGACCUUGAAUAUGGCUUACCAGUUCAAGUUCGAGACACUGCCCUGUCUAUCAACUCCAAUGAUGCUAUUCCCAAGAGUGAUGUGAAUAGGGAAUAUUUUGCCGAGGAGCAUGAUCGGAAGGCUAGAGCUGGUAUUGAUUAUGAGUCCUCAUAUGGAAAGGCACGACCAAACGAUACUAUUCUGAAGCUUCAACGAACCACACCAUACUACAAGAGGAACCGUGCACAUGUUUGUAGUUUCUAUAUUAGGGGUGAAUGCACUAGAGGUUCUGAAUGCCCUUACAGACAUGAGAUGCCUGAAACUGGAGAGUUGUCCCAGCAAAAUAUCAAGGAUCGAUAUUAUGGGGUUAAUGAUCCAGUUGCACUGAAGCUUCUUAACAAGGCUGGAGAGAUGCCUUCUCUGGAACCUCCAGAGGAUGAGAGUAUUAGAACCUUGUAUGUGGGUGGACUUGAUGCUCGAGUCUCUGAGCAAGAUCUUCGAGAUAACUUUUACGCUCAUGGCGAAAUCGAAUCUAUCAGAAUGGUGCUACAACGAGCAUGUGCUUUUGUAACCUACACUACCAGAGAAGGUGCAGAGAAGGCCGCAGAAGAGCUUUCUAACAAGCUGGUAAUUAAAGGCCUUAGAUUGAAAUUGAUGUGGGGCAGACCUCAAGCACCAAAAGCUGAGACGGAAGGUUCUGAUGAAGCGAAACAAGCAGCAAUGGCUCACAGCGGAAUGCUGCCGCGAGCAGUUAUCUCACAGCAGCACAACCAAUUACACCCUCCAGGAACACAUGACCAACCUCAAGCUAUGCAGUACUUCAAUAUUCCGCCGCCGCCACCUCAGCAGGAGAGAGCAUUCUACCCAUCAAUGGACCCUCAAAGAAUGGGAGCUCUGGUUUCGACUCACGAUGCGGGGGUGCCCCCUAACGGACCUACAGGUUCAACCGAUACUAGACCCGGGUCUGAGAAACAACACCAACAGGGACAUCAAUUUCCCUAUCACACAAUGCACCCACCACCACCUGCACAAUAUCAACAACAGUUUUAUCCGCCGUACGGGUACGUGCAACAUUAUCCACCAUACCCUCCUUAUCAUUCAGGCAUGCCACCCCCGCCACAGUCCCAGCCCCAGCCCCAUCCUCCAGGUUCCCAGCAAUAUCAGCAGCAGCAUUCUGCACCACCGGGCUCAGGCCCUCCAUCCCAUGGCUCAGCCCCGCUGGGAUCGACACCUUCAGUGGCUGCUCCAUCCUCGACGUCUUCCGAACCCGCAUCAUCAUAGAUCAAGACUACUCUAAAACUGAAUACUUCAUUUGGAUGGGGAGGCGUAGAACUCGGAAAGGCAUUAGCCACCCCCUGUUUAUAUCUCGACUUUGUUAUGUAACAUGACGUACUUUUUUACUGGAAACAGGGUGAACAAUUUGGAUUUGUUAAUUCCAUUCCUUCAGUCUUUCUUGAGGCGAAGUUUCUUCUUAGUUUAAAUCUAAAAUGAAAUGGAAGUUAAAUUCGUUUGUUACAAA